CUUCUCUCUGUGAGUCGUAGUGAUGCUGCCAGUCAUCACACACAUGCUGAACUGGCACCUGGCUUCAUGGGACGAAGACAAGUCUGAAGACACUCCAGACACUCUGAAGACUUCACUCCUGCUGGACCAGUGGAGCUCUGGAAAAGUAUGUAUUUCCCAUUUGUUGCUGGUGUGUUCCUUGGUCAUAAUUGUUUGUUGUUCAGGUGUGUUGUUGAAAAUAGCUACCAGGCACAGUUAAAGUGAGUACUGAGCUACUGAGUACUUCAUCACUUCAUAAAUGGUUUAGUGAAUUUAUCAGGAUGUCAUUGAAGUGCAUCCAGUAUGCUUCUCUAAGUGUAUUGAUGUGUAUAUGUGAUCCAUGGAUGAAGUCAAAACAAAUCAUUUAGAACUUAACAUACUUUUUGUUCUCAGUACCAGUAGUGCAGACUGAAUAUCGCCUUUGAAUAUGUGUGUGUGUGUGUGUGUGUGUGUGUGUGUGUGUGUGUGUGUGUGUGUGUGUGAAUGUGGCAGAUGUUUUACACUUUCUAUAGUUGUUAUGGAUCGGUUUAUAGUCAUUUAAUGAUCUACUUAUUUUAGUAAAUGAAUUAUGACCUCAAGCCAAGUCUGUGUGACCAUCCGCUCUUCUCCAGUAGUGCCGGUCACUGUACAAACAAGAAACUCUUUUCCUCAUACGGUGUGUUGAACUUCGAAUGAAGCGACACACGGUCGAGCAAAUAGCUUCUCAUUGGCCAGUGAGAGAUAUGAGCUGCACUAUAACCGUUCUGUCAUUGGACCAGAUCACUUCUUCCGUGUGCCCAUGUUUUUUUCUUCUUCAUUACAAUGAACUUUCUAAACAUUCUGUGAGAAGUGGCUCAUGGAUGACCUGCUCUAAUCUGAAGCUGGUUCGCGUAACUUUUCUUCUUUACGCGUUUGCCUUGGACCAUCCCUAACUGAUUAGUUUGUAGAUACAGGGCAUUUUCGAAGAUUCUUGAAGACACGAGGUACAACCCGACUAUGUGUGGAUAGCACCCCAGCUCUCCUUCACAUGUGCAUGGUUCGGCUAAGGCAUCAUGGGAAAUCACCAUCUAUGUUACUGUCAAGGAAAUCGCAAGCUCUCCUCUCAGUUCUUGAAACCAGCAGCAGCAGCAGCGCACAGACGGACUUCUCCCUGGGUCUCGCCCCUGUGAGGAGCAAACAGGAAGUUUGGCCGGGGCCCAGAGAGGGAGAGGCCCAGAGGGGAUGAGAGCUGUGGCCAUGCGUAGUCACUUCUCCCUGCUGCUCCUGGUCAACGUGAUGACAUGCGGCCUGGAGGUGUGUCUGGCGGUGGGCACCAUCUACAUCCCCCCUCUCCUGCUGGAGGCAGGCCUGGAAGAGCGCUACAUGACCAUGGUGCUGGGUGUGGGGCCUGUGCUGGGUCUCAUCUUCGUACCUCUGAUCGGCUCAGCCAGCGACAGCUGGAGGGGCCGCUUUGGUCGGCGGCGUCCCUUCAUCUGGGCCCUGAGCGUGGGCGUGCUGCUGGCCCUGGUGCUCAUCCCUCACGCCACCUCGCUGGCAGCCCUGCUGGCUUUCCAGCGCCCCCGUUGGCUGGAGGUCUCCCUGCUGGUGCUGGGCAUCAUCCUGCUCCAGUUCUGUGGCCAGGCCUGCUUCACGCCAGUGGAGGCGCUGGUCAGCGACCUGUUCCCUGGCGAGCACGAGAGUCGCUGGGCCUUCACAGUAUUCUCCCUCCUGCUCAGCCUGGGCGGUUGCCUGGGCUACCUGCUGCCAGCCGUCAACUGGAACUCCGGAGCAGCAGCCAACUACAUAGGGAGCCAGGAGACCUUCAUCUACGCCCUGCUCACUCUUAUCUUCCUGGGGUGUGUGCUGAGCACAGUGAUGAUCACGGAGGAUUUGGCAGUCAGCGUGGAUGCCAGUGGGAAGGGGAAUGGAGGCAAAAAAAGCAGGAAGGCCUGCCACCGCUGUGCCCCAAUGAUGCCCUUGCUGGCCCCCCAUCGUCUGUGCAGCACCGUGGGCAGCCUGUUGUCCGUGCUGCCACACUUGUGCAAGAUGUAUCGGGACAUGCCCAAGGUUCUCCGCCGGCUCUUCCUGGCUGAUUUCUGCAGUUGGAUGGGGCUGGAGUGCUUUAUGCUCUUCUACACCGACUUUGUGGGAGAGAGGUUGUACAACGGCCAGCCCAGUGCCAAGCCAGGGUCUAAAGGGAGGCUGCUUUAUGAAGAGGGUGUGCGCAUGGCCAGCUUCGGGUUGUUCCUGCAGUGUUUGAUGGCGGUAUGCUGCUCCCUGCUGAUGGAGCGGCUGCUGGCACGUGUGGGGCCCAAGGCAUUGCUCCUCAGCAGCGUGGCCGUGCUGGCCCUUAGCACGGCAGUCAUGACCCUCUCCCACAAUACUGUCCUGGUCACGCUCAUGGCUGCUGCCACCGGCGUCACGUUCUGCACACUGCAGGUGCUGCCUUAUACCCUCACCUGUCUGUAUCACUCAAACAAAGAGGUGUUCUUCCCUAGCACUGUGAGAAAACCUGCAAAGACCUGCAAGGACACCUCUUCCAACAGUGAAGGACAUCCAGCGGGCAUGCCAGGCUUAGUGCCUACUGAUCUGAUGGAGCCGCCCUCUCCUUCAGCUUGUAUCCUCCAUUUACCCCACCCAGAGAUGGACCUGCCCCCUCCCAGUACCUCCAGGGGGAUAUGUCUGGACCUGGCAUUGCUGGACAGUUCCUACCUGCUCUCCCAGGUGGUGCCCUCCCUGCUCAUGGGCACACUGGUGCAGCUCACCCACAACGUGAGCGCCUACAUGGCCAGCUCCUGCGUCCUCAGUCUGCUGGCGGUGGUGCUCUCAUCACGUAUUAUCUUCGACCGGAAAGACAUGGAGCUGCUUCAGUAAUGCAGCAGUUGAAAUAAAAGAGCAAAGAUGUGAGGGGGAGACAUUGCAGCAUCACAGCUGCAUAGUCAGUCCACCUCAACAACGAACUGCAAGCUCUCAAGCCAUCAAAGGCUUAAAAUACAAGUCUGGCAUAUGUAUUGUUGGGAAAUGUUCAGGAUUCUGAGAUUUUUGUAAUAAAGGGGGAGCCCAGACCUCUUUUCUGAAAACCAAAAUAUAUACACCCUUCAUACCAGCUAAAAAACAAAACAACCAAAUUAUUGCUCUAAACCAAAGUGAAUGUUUCAGUGUAUUGUUUACAAUUUAAAUUGUCUGGCAUUAGAAUGGAGUUCAAAGGUUAGGUCAUAGGUUUAAACUAUAUUAAUGCAAAGUGCUAAUAUAAAUAAACCCCUGUAUUUAUUUUAUUUAUUUGGGUUUCUUGUAUAACCUGUACAGGUGUUGGAUUAUUUUAUGAGAUAACGAUGUUGUAACGCUGUUUUCAUAGUGAUAGCAACGGUUGAUGAAGGUAACGGUUGUAUACCUCCCUGUGUGGUUAACCACACUCCAGUUAUAGUAUUGUGAGACCAGGUGUACAUGUCUUGUACAUCACACAAGCUAUGGUGAAAUGUGGACUAAAUGUUGGUGGGAAUGAUUAUAGCAUUUUUAAUUUUUAAACCUCUCCAAAGGCCUCCUGACGGUGGAGCGCUGAAGUCACAUCGGACCUCACAAGACUAAAUGGAGACCACACCGCUCCCCAGUCCUCUGUCAUGCAGCCUAGCUGUGGAAAAAAAUCUGAAGGAUUCCUCCUCUUUCUUCAACUGUUUUUAAAAAUCCAUUUAUUGAUCCUUUCUGGUGUUUUUAAUCCGGGAUAGUCUGACUAUCUGACAUCAGAUAUAUAUCUGACAUUGAAAAUAUAUUAAAAAUGUAUUUAUUGACUCAUUUCUGAUGAGUCCCCUCAGGAGAAGUUGAAAUGUUGCCAGCAGUACUCUGGUGUGAGUUCAGUGUAAUUUGUAAAUGUUGUUUAUAUUGUUAUGUUUUCCAGAGUGUGCUAUGAAGAGAUUAAACAGUUGUUUAAGAAACCAAGGAGUUGAGCCCACCUUCAGUGAUCACAUUUCAGUUCCCUGAUAAUUUAGAUUUCCUCUAAUACUUCAGGAAAAUUAGGCAAAGCCCUAAAUGUCUAACUAUGCUGCUCAACUCCUUACCACCUCACCACUAGACUAUAGCAAUACCCGACUGGCUGUUUAUUCAGAGUUUAUUUCUGUAUUUUUCUCUCUAAGGUAUUUUCUUGUGUUGUAGCUCACUCUAACGCACAGUGGUUUUGGAUAAAAGCAUCUAGCGAAUAAAUAAAUGUUUACAAAUAA